GAGUGGCCUCACAAGAUGGCGGCGCGCUGGGAGCGUAGCAUCUGCGUUUCUAGGAGCUUGGCUGUGUGCGUGGGUUAGACUCUUGGGCUUGUGCAGGCCCCAGCUAUACGCGCCGUCCGGCAGCUACAUUGGCUUACGAGAUGGCUCUAAGUAAAUCGAUGCAUGCAAGAAAUAGAUACAAGGACAAGCCACCGGACUUUGCAUACCUGGCAUCCAAAUAUCCAGAUUUUAAGCAGCAUAUUCAGAUAAAUCUGAGUGGGAGAGUAAGUCUCAAUUUCAAAGACCCUGAAGCAGUCAGAGCUCUGACUUGUACUCUCCUAAGAGAAGACUUUGGACUUUCUAUUGAUAUUCCUUUAGAGAGACUAAUUCCCACAGUUCCCUUGAGACUCAACUAUAUUCACUGGGUAGAAGAUCUGAUUGGUCACCAGGUUUCUGACAAAAGUACCCUCCGAAGAGGAAUUGACAUAGGUACUGGGGCAUCCUGCAUCUAUCCCUUACUUGGAGCAACCUUAAAUGGCUGGUAUUUCCUGGCAACAGAAGUGGAUGAUAUGUGUUUCAAUUAUGCCAAGAAAAAUGUGGAACAGAAUAACCUAUCUGAUCUCAUUAAAGUGGUAAAAGUGCCACAAAAGACACUACUAAUGGAUGCACUUAAAGAAGAGUCUGAGAUCGUUUAUGACUUCUGCAUGUGCAACCCUCCCUUUUUUGCUAAUCAAUUGGAAGCUCAGGGUGUAAACUCUCGGAAUUCUCGAAGACCUCCACCAAGUUCCGUAAAUACAGGAGGCAUAACAGAAAUCAUGGCAGAAGGAGGUGAACUAGAAUUUGUUAAAAGGAUAAUCCAUGACAGUUUACAACUUAAAAAAAGAUUAAGGUGGUAUAGCUGUAUGCUGGGGAAGAAAUGCAGUCUGGCCCCACUGAAGGAAGAGCUCAGAAUCCAAGGGGUUCCUAAAGUCACCUUCACAGAGUUCUGUCAAGGCAGGACAAUGAGAUGGGCCUUAGCUUGGAGUUUUUAUGAUGAUGUCACAGUACCGUCACCUCCAAGUAAACGAAGAAAAUUAGAAAAGCCAAGGAAACCCAUUACAUUUGUGGUAUUGGAGUCUGUGAUGAAAGAAUUAUCCCUCAAAGCCUCAUCUUUGGGCUCUGAGACAGUGGAAGGUAUAGGAGUUGUGACAACAUGGAUAGAAAGAAUUCUCACUGAUCUGAAGGUUCACCAUAAACGAAUUCCAUGUGGAAAAGAAGAAGUUAGCAUUUUCCUGACAGCCAUAGAAAACUCUUGGAUUCAUUUAAGGCGGAAGAAAAGAGAGCGAGUGAGACAACUAAGGGAGGUGCCCCGAGCACCUGAGGAUGUUAUCCUAGCCUUGGAGGAGAGAAAGUCCACUCCCAAAGAGUUGCGUGGUAGCCAAGAUGUGGUCCCAUGCUCCCAGGAGAGUGCCUUGUGUGGCCUUGCUGUACCGGAAGGCAAGUCUGCCUCUGUUGGUGGCCAGUGCCUCAGCCAGGAGUCAUUUUGCCAGGAGGAAACUCUAGAAGCCAUGGAAGAUGAAAGGAGUGAGGAAAGGGGAGGGACAGAGGCCAUGGAAAGCUGUAAAGGCUCUAGCAAUGGGGCCCAGGAUGGAGAGGCUUCUGAGAAGGGAGACCACCUGGAUGGAGCAGCUGGACGCUACCUGUUUAAGUGCCUAAUCAACAUUAAGAAAGAAGUAGACGGCGCCUUAGUUGAAAUGCAUUGGGUUGAGGGCCAGAACAGGGAUUUGAUGAACCAGCUUUGCACCUACAUACGCAACCAAAUUUUGAGGCUUGUUGCUACUUAAUUCUUAAUUUCUUCUACAGUUAGAAAAGUGUCUGUAUAUGGCUGGGGAUAUGGUACAAUGACUGUAUGUGCUUAGCAUGCAGAAUGCACCCUGGCUGAGUCCCUAACAUCUAGCAUCAACACACACACACACACUCAACUAUAAAAUUGCUUUGGAGGUGUUUCCUAUUGGGAAGCCAGAGGAAUUUCACCACUGAUCCAUUAGUGACACCAUGUGGAAUCUUGUUACAAAGCAAAAAUUUAGUUGAAUGUGAUCUCUAACCCAAUCCCAAAACUUAAAGGCUGAGGCAGGAUGAUUGCUGAGUUUAAGGUCAGCCUAUGAUACAGAGAAAGACACUUGUUUAAAUAAAAAGAAGAAUAAAAGGAAAGCAGAAAUGAAUCCAUUUUUAACUCUUUCCCUCUUAAAGUUAUCUGGAGUUGUAUGUACAGUACUUGGCUCAGGAGGAAUUACAACAGCAGAUAAACUUAGGAGGAACCUAACUCCUACCCCAGCAGUUUAUCUCGGCCUGGCAGUGAUUCCCUGAGGCCAGAGGUUCUGUAUGUGUGGUCUGGUCUGGGUCAUUACUGCCUAGAAGAUGUCCAUUGCUAAGGGUUGCUUUGUGAAGAGGAUAUUAGUGUUCUCCAAUGGAGGUAACACAGCCAGCAGAUUGGAGGCCUGGGACUGCUCAUAGUUGCCUUCCAGGACACCUGCUUUCUCAGGUACCCAGAGUUGAUUGAGCCAGCCCUCAGAAAAGAGCUAGCCUGGUGAUAGGUGGCCAGGAUGUCUUGGAGAGACAUCUUCGGCCAAGGAGAGUGCCAGUCUGGGAACACAUGGGAAGGAGCGAUUGAUUUCCUCACUUGCUGCUGUUCUGAUAUUGCCUUUAUCAGAAGCAGAAUGGGGGAAGCAAAGUCUGAGCUGAGGCACAACAAAGCAUACCCACCCUCCUCCAGCCUACUGAUGGUAUUGUUUUCUAGCAGUUGUGCUGCUUUUAUUAACAUGUGAAGUGUAAUAUGUUUUGUUUUUAAUAUAAAACUUCAGAAUUGAAAACUGUUGAUCCUGUUUGAAUCUCAGAAUUGGGGCAAUAUUUUCUUGUAUUUGAGUUGGAUAAAUGUUUGAUGUGACAAAUGAGAAACUAA